AACUUAUUACGGGAGCUUGCGGGCGGAGUCGGUUUCCCCGAGAGAUAAAUUGCGUGCGGUGCAAUUGGCGGACACGGGUACGAAAAGCGGUCCCUUUUCUGUCUCUCUCUCUCUCUCUCCCUCGUCUCCUGCGAGGAGCAGCAAGUCCGCGCAGUCUCUCGGCUGAAGCCACCACCGGAGCCAGACCGUUAAAAAUCACACAACCGCUAACCCAGCAGAAGAAGAAGAAGAAGAAGAAGAAGAAGCGCGGACACUACCGGGGAGUUAAAACAUGUCGGGAAAUAAAGACAGCGACGGCGGCUGGAGGAGCUUUCUGUGGAAUUCGGAGAAGAAGGAGUUUCUGGGGCGCACGGGGAGCAGUUGGUUUAAAAUCUUGCUUUUCUACGUGAUAUUCUACGGAUGCUUGGCUGGAAUUUUCAUCGGGACCAUUCAGGCUCUGCUGCUUACGCUGAGUAACUACAAACCCACCUAUCAGGACAGGGUCGCUCCCCCAGGGCUGUCACACACCCCGCGCUCAGAAAAAUCUGAAAUUGCUUUCAGCAAGUCUGACAAGGCCUCGUAUAAGAAGUACGUCGACAGCGUGACGUCUUUCCUCAAAAAGUACGAUGAAGAGGGUCAGACGGACGCCAUGAAGUUUGAAGACUGCGGAGACGCUCCUCUGACGUACAAGGACCGUGGAAGUCUGGAGAGCGAUGCGGGACAGAGGAAAGCCUGCCGCUUCCGCAGGUCUUGGCUAGGCAGCUGCUCGGGAGAGAGCGAUACCUCUUUCGGCUUCAAGGAGGGAAAGCCCUGCCUCAUUGUCAAGCUCAACAGGAUCGUCAACUUCAAACCAAGGGUUCCCAGUAACAAUGACACACUCCCAGAGGCUCUGCAGGGCAAGGUUAUCCCCAACGUGAUCCCCGUGUACUGCAAAAACAAGAGGGAAGAGGAUGAGGGCAAGAUCGGCGAGAUCAAGUACUUUGGCCUGGGCGAGGGCUUCCCUCUGCAGUACUACCCGUACUACGGCAAGCUGCUGCACCCCCAGUACCUGCAGCCCCUGCUGGCCAUCCAGUUCACCAACCUCACCAUGGACCAGGACCUCCGCAUCGAGUGCAAGGCGUAUGGAGGAAACAUUGGCUACAGCGAGAAAGACCGCUACCAGGGACGCUUCGACGUUAAGAUCACAAUCAGCUCGUGACCUCAGCCGCGGCGAGCACUCUCAUUUUAAAAAAACAAAACGAUAAAAUGUAGAGAGAAUUAAAGAGUUCAGAUAAAACACCACUAGUCUUUGAACAUUCAUAAUAUACAGGACCUACACUUAAUCCGUGUGCUUUACACUAGCUUCUCUGUGUGUUUGUCGAGGGUUAGAAUGUAAAAAUACAAAAAAGUAGCAAUAGCAAAUAUUUAUUCUACUGUAUAUGAAAAUAUUCCUCGAGCCAUGGGAUGUGUUCAUCUAUUACUGUAAAACCGCAAUUCCACUACUGACGCGUAGCGAGCUGUGUUCCUGUCCCCAAAGUAUUUCACCCCGACGUGGUUUCUAUAUAUUUUUGGAGUGUCCAGUGCCGUAGUCUCGUCCUGUUGUAACCUCUCUCUCGUCUUAUGUCAGCUUUAGUGGUCCAAGGUGUGUGCCUGUGCGCGCCCUGUGUCUCGUGUGCAGGUGAGUUCGUUCCCGUGAGUGUGUGGAGUGUGUGUCAAUGUGCUCUGAUUAACUGAAUAACUAGCAUGGUACUCUGAACCUUUAAGGCCCAUGUGUGAGUAAAUGACUGCGCUCCAUGGAAUUUCUUUUUGUUUUUCGGUGCGUACGUGUGCAUUUUUCUUCAUCCAAUUUUUUUCCGAGUUGACCGUGGAAGGAUACAUGUGUACACCUUUUUUUUCUUUGCCGUUCACCGUAGCUGUAGGAUUAUGGUUUGAUGACAUUUCUGUUCCGACACUAUCGCAUCUGUUCAUUCUUAAUUCUUAGUGUAGAGCUUUGUGGGUCCAGCCUAGAAGAUUGUCACCUCCAUGGAAACCGUGGCAACUCAGUGCUUUGAAAUCUGUUUUGCUGGCGACAUCACGCGACGUGGUGCAACUUACUAUUGAAUGUUUUAGCCAUUUUCAUGGUGGAAGAAUUUUAUAUUUAUGCAGUUGUACAUUUUUUUUCCAGAGUGUAAUGUAUGAAUCCAAUACCAAAGUCGCUGGUCAAAAGGUUAGAGAAUAUCAGAGGCAAUGCAGUAUCCCGUGUAAUAAGAUGUUUAGUCGGUGUGAAAAAUACUUAAUUCAGUGUUGAAGAUCAAAACACAUGUCAGGAGUCUGCUCUUGUCAAUUUAUUUAAUCUGCAUAAGGCUGAAACAAUAAAAAGAAAAAUGAGACAACUGUCAAAAGUC